UGUAAUAUCUGUUCAUAGCUGAUGAGGUAAAUGAUUGGCUUGUCACGUGGUUUAAACAUUUGUGUUAAACCAGUCAUUUGACAUUACCCAUAAGAUGACAUCCUCUGUGCAAGAAGUAUUUGCACAGAAAAGAAGGUGAGACCCUUCCAGUGGUGGUCCAAGCUUGCUGCUCUUCCACUCCAAAUUGUUUUUUUAAAUCCUGUCAUUUUCGCUGGCUGCUUCUUGCCAGUCUCUAGUGAACGCCGAUAUUUGCUCAACACCUGCAGUGAAGGGGGUCUCUCAGAUGGCAUGCAGUCUCUGUGCACCGUGUGUGCACAUACAGUGCUCUGCCUGCUCAGCCUGUGUGUCUUUAUUCCGUUGUGCUGCAAGUGUGUGUGUGUCUGAGCAGUCUCCCAGGGCAGAGCGUGCUAGGAGCCGCCGAGCUGCCUUCCCGGAGCACACUUCUCCCUCCUAACUCAUCCUUGGGAUCACAGUUCAGGCUAAUCAUUGACAGAGGUCCAACUUGCAACAGAAGAUUGUUGUGUUUUUUUUUUCCCACUGGCACGAUAAGGCAGUCCAGCAGCUCAGGUCUUCAGAUGGCCCCAGCUCAGCUCGGCUGAGCUCUCGUGUGCUUUCCCUGUCCUCUGCUCCAGCCGUCAUGCUCGUCUCCCUCGGUUUGGGCUGGAUCUGAGUCCCAGGGGAGCACAGGAUGGGUCCCCUUGCUUUAAAAAGCCUGUUUGUGCUGCUCCUGUGUAGCCGGGGGGCCGUGGUCUGCCUGCCAGGAGAUGGACGAGCCGUGUGGAGAGCGCAGUCCAGCUCGAGCCCUGUGGACGCCAGCCAGCUGUUCCUGCACGGCACGUUCCCCCGGGACUUCCUCUGGGGAGCCGGGAGCGCCGCUUUUCCGAGCGAGGGAGCCUGGGACCAGGACGGCAAGGGCCCCUCCAUUUGGGAUCACUUCACUCGCUCCCAGCAGGCUCCGGGGUCUGGCACCUCCAGCGACAGCUACAGGCUGUGGGAGCAGGACGUGGAGCUGCUGAAGCACCUAGGGGUGCGGACCUACAGUUUCUCCAUUUCGUGGCCCCGGCUGUUCCCCAACGGGACCGGCGGGGCCCCCAACCUGCCGGGGGUGGAGCACUACAAUCUGCUGAUUGACCGGCUGAAGCAGGAGGGCAUCGAGCCCGUGGUCACCCUCUACCACUGGGACCUGCCCCUGGCACUCCAGCAGCUCCACAGCGGGUGGCACAGCGACGCCCUGGUGGAUGACUUCGAGGGCUAUGCCGCCUUCUGCUUCCAGAGCUUCGGGGAUCGCGUCAAGUACUGGGUGACAAUGCACAACCCCUACGCGGUGGCCUGGCACGGCUAUGGGACAGGCGUGCAUGCCCCCGGAGAGAGAGGGAACCUCACAGCUGUCUUUGCUGUGGCUCACAAUCUAAUCAAGGCCCAUGCAAAAGCGUGGCACACGUACGACAGGAGAUUUCGAAAACUCCAGCACGGACAGGUGUCCAUAGCUCUGGGAUCUCACUGGAUAGAGCCGGAGGGAGGGAAAGCCAGCCCAUUCAACGUGGAAAAAUGCCAGGAGUCUAUGGAGGCUGUUCUGGGUUGGUUUGCAGAGCCCAUAUACGGACAAGGGGACUACCCGACCCUCCUGAAAAACAGCACACAUGGCCUCCUCCCUGCCUUCACUGCAGAAGAGAAGGACAACAUUAAGGGGACUGCAGACUUCUUCGCUUUUUCGUUUGGGCCCAACAGCCUAAGGCUAGUACACAGUUCAGUGAGGUUUGGCCAACACGUGUCACUGAGCCUGAGACAGGUGCUGAACUGGAUUAAACUUCAAUACAACAAUCCCAGAAUUCUCAUUCUGGAGAAUGGGUGGUUCUCAGACACCAGCGUGACUACGGAAGACACUGUGGCCAUCUACGUGAUGAAAAAGUUCAUAAACCAAGUUCUGCAGGCAAUGCUACACGAUGGUGUGCAAGUCCUGGGUUAUACCUUGUGGUCUCUGGUGGAUGGUUUUGAGUGGAAUUACGGCUAUUCAGUCAGGAGAGGGCUGUUCUACGUGGACCCCAACAGCAAAGACAAAGCAAGAAUCCCCAAGACAUCAGCUGCUUUCUACAAACAGGUCAUCAAAGACGGGGGCUUCCCUGGAAGGGAGGGGGACGAGGCUGUCCAGGGCCAGUUCCCCUGCGACUUUCACUGGGGCGUCUCCGACUCCGUACUGCAGGUGCGGUUCAGCCCCUCGUCCCCACAGUUCCUGGAUCCGAACCUGUACCUGUGGAAUGUCACGGGAGAUGGAGCCCUGCGUCCGAUCUCCGGGAUCCGGAUGGAAACUCGCGGCCCCCAGUGCACAGACUUCCUGGCCAUCCCGAAGCAUCUCCAGCUGGUGCAGAUGUCUGGGGCCGACCACUACAGGUUCGCGCUGAACUGGUCCCUUCUUCUGCCCAGCGGCGACCUGUCCGCCGUCAACCGAGAGGCUGUGCGGUACUACAGGUGCGUGGUGACCGAGCUGCGGAAACGCGGGGUCCGGACGAUGUUGACCUUGUACUACCCUACGUUCCAUCACCAGCUUGGCCUCCCCGCCCCCCUACACAAGGCUGGAGGCUGGCUGAACCGGACCACCAUUGAGGCGUUCCGGGACUACGCCGCCCUCUGCUUCCGAGAACUGGGCCCGUGGGUGAAGCACUGGAUCACCCUCAACGAGCCCAACCGCCUGAGCCACGCCUACAACGCCAGCGGCAGCGACGCCUACACCGCCGCGCACCACCUGCUCCUGGCGCAUGCGGCGGCCUGGCGCCUCUACGACCGGGAGUACCGGGCCCGGCAGGGGGGCCGGGUGUCCCUCUCUUUGCACGCUGACUGGGCGGAGCCCGCCAACCCCUACCUGGACUCCCACGCGUCCGCCGCCCGCCGCUUCCUGCUCUUCGAGCUGGCCUACUUCCUCGAUCCGCUCCUCGGCCCCGGCGACUACCCGGCACCCCUGCGCCGCUACCUGCGGGAGAAGACCGGGGCCGGCCUCUCCCGUUCUGCCCUCCCGGAUGUCACCCCGGAGGAGAGGGAGGCCUUCCGGGGCGCCCUGGACUUUGUGGCCCUCAACCACUUCACCACGCGCCUGGUGACCCACCGGCGCGCCAACGGCAGCCGGAACUUGGAUGACCGGGACUGCGAGCUGAUGUCCGACAUCACCUUUCCUGCCUCCCAGCUGGGCCUCUCUGUGGUGCCCUGGGGGGUCCGCAGAGUUCUGGCCUGGGUCAGGGAACGGUACGGGGAGGAGGUGGAGAUUUACAUCACGGCCAACGGCGUGGACGAGCGGUCCCGGGACAACGACGUGGUGAGACAGUACUACAUGAGGAGCUACCUGCAGGAAGUGCUGAAAGCCCAUCAGCUUGAUCACGUGAAUGUGAAAGGGUACUACGUGUGGAAGCUCCAGGACAAACAUAUCCCUCAGUUUGGGCUCUUCAACUCCCAGCUCUUCCAAUCAACUGCCCGGUCCUCCGUCAAUACGUACAGAGAACUGAUCGCCAACAGGGGCUUCCCCGCCUUGGGGCAGCUGGGAGUGUCUUGUGAGGAAGAGGAAGGGCGCAGCUGUUCAGUCUGUGCCUUCGUCCUGGAGAGGAAGCCCUUCUUCUUCUUCGGGAUCUGCCUCUUCGUCACUCUGAGUCUGCUUACCAUGGUGCUCGCCGUCGCCAGGAGGAGGAGGAGGAAGCCGAAACGCAGAUCCCGGGCGCGUUCCAGGUGGGAGAGAGCGACCCUGCUCCAGCUCGGGAGCAACGUGAAGCAGAGCUGCUUCAGGAAGAACUAAUCCGUGACGAAUUGACGGGCGUUUUAAUCCUGUUUUAGGGACGUGUCAUCCAAGACGGUGGAUACCUAACGUGUAUAUUUAUUCGGUAGGUACUGUACGCAUUAAGGAAAGACCUUCAGAACGUAUUCAGCUCUGGUUAAUAUGCCGAAUGUUUUUCACUUUGUACUUAAAGUGGAAAUACUGGACUAAUUAUUCAGACAUUGUUUUUACCAAGAUAUCAACUAUUAUUUCUAAAUGUUUCUGGGGGAUCAAUUCCGCUGCUGUAGAAACACAUCUUCGAACCUGUCGACAUCUAAAAAGGUUUUAAGUUACUUUGGGGCGUUACCCAAGGUGAUAAAAUUACUAUGAACCAAAUAAAAUUCAGUUUUACAUUUUUGCUUUCAAUCUAAUGGUUUUAGAAAUUAAUUACAGGGGGUCAAUCUGAGCACUUAAGAGAAACUUUUUAAUCAAAUUUGAAAGCAACUUUUUUCAGACCCAAGGAAACGUGUAUCGAGCUGAAUGCAAGUAAACUGAAGUAUUUCCACUCCAGUCCUAACUCUGAACUACACUUCUGUACAAACUUGUGUAGUUUCUUCUCAUGGUGACUUAUUUAAUUUUAGAGACUAAAAGGAGACAUUUUUUAUCUGUGAUAUCUUCAGCAGACAGCAUUGUAGGCGCUCAAGAUGCAGGGAAAUGACCAAAUCCAGAAAUGUUCUGCUGCGAGAAUAAAUAUUAAUAAAGAUAUGUUGCGAACACUA